AUGCACAAUCUUCAAACAACUCCAUUAACUAUAUCAUCUUCUUAUACUGUCGAUGUCCCAACAACUGAUAGUGAACUAAUGCCUGCGACGACAAAAUUACAUCGUUCAGAAUCGUUGGGACCAAAUUUACAAUCUCGUCUUGAAGCACUUGAAGCGGCUAUGGGUGUCCGACUUAAUGUAGCUAAACGACAAGGACGUCAUUCAUUGUCAAAUACUACAAGUUCUUCACCAAUGGAACUUUCACCAACAUCAUCAACAACAAUCAAAACAAAUAUAUCUAAUUCACUUGCAAAUUCAACUCGUCAUAAUAUUCCAACACGACCUGGUCAAGGUGUACAACGAUCUGCAUCAUCAUGUGAUGCUGAAAAUCGUCCCGGUCCUAUAAAACGUCUUAAACCUUCAUUACCUAAUGAAAAUAUUUCAUCAUCAUCAUCAUCAUCAUCAUCAUCAUCGUCAUCGUCAUCGUCAUCGUCAUCGUCAUCGUCAUCAACUGUUGCUGCUAUUGCAACUGUAAAAAAAUAUCCACCCACAGUUCGUCGACGAUUACCAACAACAAAUGUAACACCAACACAAUCAAAACAAUCAACUCCAAUUAAACAACGUCCAUCACCAAUGAAUACAUCAUCAUCAUCAGCAUCACGUUUAUCACGUUCAUCAACACCAAGUAAUAAUAGUUCAAAUUAUCGAACACCAAUUGGUAGUAUUUCACCAAAAAUUUCUCCUACAUCAUCACCAAAAUCACAAAUAAUGAAUUCAUUACCAAAUUUAUCAACAAAUAUUCCACAUAAAAAUACUUUAUCAAUAUUCGGUGAACAAUUUUCUGAUGAUAUUAUUAAAAUAAAUUUAUUAUGGAUUGAUUUCAAAGAACUUGAUGAUGAUAGCCGUUCGGAAGUAAUUUUACAAUUUGGUUCAACAGAAAAUUUUCUUCAUGAACAAAAUUUAUUUUUUAAAAAACAACAAUCACAACAACAAUUAAAACUAACAUCAAAAAAUAAGACGAAUGUUAAUCGAUCACGUUAUCACUUAUCAAUUAUGAAGAAGGAUCGGCUAGAACUUCUUUAA